AUGCUCCAUUCUCUCGGAUUACUGUACCUGCUUCUGCACGUGGCGCUUGCCGAAGAAUGCGUCGAUCGGCCGUGUGUGGAAUGCAGACACUUCAUUAAGCAAGACGAUCCAUGUCUCCAUCAUGGAACCAAACCCAUGUUAUACUGUGAUCUGCAGACUAAGUUUGUUCAUUUUCCGUUCCCUUUUUAUCGUUCUGUUUGUAGUUUGAUGCAAGAGUCCCCCACCAAUUUCUUGGAAUGCGUUCAAAAUCGAUGGGUUCUCCGAGAAUGCGUGACUGGAACUGUUUAUGAAUCCGGGCGAGGUUGUGUCGAUCCGACUCUGCAGCCAUUCAUGCAAGGGUUUUCCGUGUCUGGCAGUGGAAGAGUCGGAGACGUCUGCCAGUAUAACACCGAUUGUCUCAGCGUAAGAUUCGAUAAUUUCUCAAAGAUCAUUCUCUUUUUAUCUUUAGGGAAUGUAUUGUGCCACUGGAUUGUGCACUUGCCUCAGUACUUAUAUUCUCCGAGAAAGUUAUUGCUACGAAAGUGAGUCAAUCGUUCAGCUUCACCACUUCAUUGUGCCUUUUCAGAAGUAAAUCCAAACCAACCAGGCUGCACAUAUGAUGUUCAGUGUGAAGCCGUUUGGCCAGGAUCCAAAUGCAGAAUGGACAGCUCCAUCGGAACGUGUCGUUGUCCUGAAGAGACUCACGUGGCAAGAGAGACGAGAGAUGGCUGGGUGUGCAUAUCCCUCAAGGACCAUGCUUCCGGCGGCACCGCUCCUCUUUACUUCGUCUGUCCUUUGCCAGAAGGUGCUGGAUUCAAGAUCUCUCUGAAUGACCCGAGCCCCGCGAUGGGAGCGUUCCCAGUUGGAUGCACAGUCGGAUCCUCGGCCACCAUCGAGCCGGUCCAAGGUCUUCAUGGAGGAGGCGCUUGCAUGUGGCCGUCGGACGGCGAGUACAUUGGAGACGUCUACGACUGCAUCCACACGAGUCCUCACGUGAGUAUCUCCAUCUUCAAACUGUUUGUGCAACCACUUUUGCACACAAAAGGAAAAGCGACGACACCGCCUUGAUACGGGGACAGCAGAGGGUCUAUUUGCGCGAACUCGGCACCUGAAUGUGCAAAUACGGUCACAAGUGGCCAGCAGGCGAUAAGUGCCAUCUGAUAGCGAGAUAAAGAUGAAGUGGAUUGGGGAUCAAAAACAAAUUUCAGAUCAAUUUGGCAGAGAAGUUCCCUCAAUCCAACUAUGCACCAACAGCUGACGGAGUAUGCUGUCCCAGCAGAGCUCUUGCAUGCAUCCAGCCGCAGCUGACCGGACCGAAUCCCUCGGAACCUCGGUGGUGGUACAAUUCAGUGACGGGAACGUGCCAACAGUUCAUGUGGGACUCGGGGGCUACAGAAGCCAAGUUCCACUCUCCGAACAAUUUCAAAACGAUCCAGCACUGCGAAUCUUACUGCAGAGACAGUUAGUUCCUCAGGGAAUGUUCUUAUUCACGGUUUCUCUUACAGCCUGCCAACGGGGAUCACCACAGUACUCGACCGAAUCGACAGUUCAUUCGGAACGUCCGAUCACUUCGUGCGCCGCUUCCGUGUCUUGUGCCAACGACUUCCAAUGCACUGCGAUCGGGAGCCAGCAUCUGUGCUGUCCGACUCCAGGAUCGGUGUGCUCCGCUAGAGGAGGACGUCCGUUUGAUAUUCAGCCGAGAAAUUCCAUUUUCCAUCCUGGAUUCCUUGUUCACACUGGAAAAGAAUCUAUUCGUUUCUACUACGACCCGGGAACUGGUCGAUGUCAAGACUUUAUUUACAAGGGAUCCGGUGGUAACUACAAUAACUUUCUCUCGAAACACGAAUGCGAAAUGUAUUGUGCCCGUUGUAAGUGCUCACUGACUACACUCUAGUUUAUCUGUCAAUUUUAGUGCAAUGCGAAAGAGGAUCUCCACUGCGAAUCGGAGAAGAAGCUCAGAGAUGCCAGAAUAAUGCACAGUGCCCGUCAUCGCAUGAAUGCAAAGCAGAUCAAGGAGUUUGCUGUCCGCGAAAGCGUAAGUCCGCUGUAUGAUGCUUUUAUUUCUGAUAACACAUGUUCAGAAACCAUCUGUGCUCAACCUCUUCGUAUCGGAGAUUGUACAGAAAACGUGAAGAGAUAUUGGUACAACGCAAAGACGAGACAGUGCCAGAUGUUCGAAUACACUGGCUGCCAAGGGAAUGAUAACAACUUUGACUCCAUUCUCGAUUGCCAGAACUUCUGCAAGAACGCCAUCCGUGAGACCAAAUACUCAGUUAAGUUAACUCUUCUUCCGUUUUCAGCUGAGCCUAAGUGUAUCCAAGGACAGGCUUAUAAGGACAUGUUCGGUAACUUUGUGACCUGCUCGAAUGGAAUGGGAUGCCCUGCCAACUACGAGUGUUAUUUUGACGGAAGCCAAUGGGGAUGCUGCCCGACAAAAGCGUUCACUUGCUCACUGAACCCGGACGCUGGAAUCCAGUGCGGAGCUGGGAGCACAUUCAAGUACUACUACAAUGCGCAAACUCAGAAUUGUGAGUCAUUCCAAUACAACGGAUGCGAUGGAAACUCCAACAACUUUGCGAACAGAGACGCAUGCGAGUCGUACUGCAGUGUCGGAGGAUGCCCGAAUGGCGGAACUCCACUGAGAGAUCACUCUGGAAUGGUCAUGGUAUGUGGAGCACAGCAGACUUCCUGUCCCGACUCUCAUGAGUGCAUUCCUGUUCUCGUCGGCAAUUCCAUGAUCAAUCGAUGCUGUCCAACGAGAGCCUACAUGUGCGGACUUCCUCCACAACAAGGAACUCAAUGCGGAGCCAAUUUCGUGCAGAGAUACUACUUCAACAUCGUCACUGGACACUGCACUACUUUCCAAUUUGGAGGAUGCGACGGCAAUGCGAACAAUUUCCUGAAUGUGCAACAGUGCAGAAAUUUCUGCAUGAGCAACGCCUGCCCUGCUGGAAACGUGGCAUACGUGGACCCCAACUCUCAGAUGCCAAUAAACUGCAAUGAGGCGCUGAGCAACAGUUGUCCGUCCGGCUAUUCGUGCACUUUCAACCCACUUAUCAACAAUCAUGUCUGCUGCGGAGCCACCGAUUCUGGAGUUUGUCCGGAUGCUGAGAAGGCGUUCAUCGACACAAUUGACAUGUCUCCGAGGGAAUGUCUCAUCAACAUUGAACAGUCCUGUCCGGCCAACUAUUUGUGUAGGUUCAACAUGCAAAAGAACAAGUAUUACUGCUGCUCCAGCAUCUCAGGAAGUCAGUUUAUUCCUUCUCUUCUCUAUUAAUAGUUUCACUUUUCAGAGACUUGUCCAGUUGGAAAGUUCCUCUAUAAAGACCAAAGAACAUCUCAGCCAAUUCGAUGCACAAUUGGACGCAACGAUCAGUGUCCGGACGGAUAUUCCUGCCAGAGCUACUUGGCAAACGCCUUCCAAGGCUUCUGCUGCACUGCCAACUCGGUCUGUCCAGACAACGCCGACUAUCUCAUUGAUGAUCAGUCCCAACAACCGAGAGCGUGCACCAUGGGAACCUUUGUCUCCUGUCCAAAUGGCUUUGCGUGUCGAUCCUUGACUUCUUCCUCGGAUGGGUUUUGCUGCAAAUCCGGUACUGGAACCCUUCCUCCAUCAGUCACCGACGGUUGCCCUCCCAAUCAGUACGUCUACCUAGUCUCCGGAGAAAUUGCCCAAUGCGAUCCGUUCAAUCCUCCGAACGCGCCUUGUCCUUCCGAAUUCACUUGUCAGUGGUCUCUCUCAAAUCAACGAUACCAGUGCUGUGGAUCCAAUCCGGCUCCUGUCCCGAUCCGUCCGUCCGAUGGAUGUCCGAACGCUCAAGUGGCAUUCCGUGACUCCGAUACAGUAAGAGUUUGUAGUGCUGGAGCAGCUAACUGUCCAGCCGGAUACUUCUGCCAGUUCUCUAGCUCCAACAACCAAUUCCAAUGCUGUGGAGUAAGUGGAGGCUGUCCGGAUGAAUCAGUUGCAUUCGUCGGCAUGUCCGGAGAGCCGGAGAAGUGUGUGGUAGGACAAUCCAAUUGUCCACGUGGAUUCGGCUGUCAAAAGUCCUCCGCGGGCUAUCACGUCUGCUGUACAGUGCGGAAAGUGGCUUGUGAACCUAACGAAGUGAUCAUCGAAGGAGAAUGUCACAUGCAAGUGGGACCAGGAAGCGAGUGUCUCGCAAAUGAACAAUGCACAGGAGGGUCCAUUUGUGAGGAUGCCAAGUGCGAAUGCAGACCUCCGUUGAAGGCCGUGGGCGGAUUCUGCCAAGAGGAACUGCGUGAGUGGUCGAAGUUAAGUUUCAAUACGGAAGUUUCGUAUGUUCAGAAUGCUCUUCCAAUCAAGUACUUCACAACGGUCUCUGCCACAAUAAAGUGAAGUUGGGGGAAGUCUGUUUGACAGUUCGACAGUGUCAAGAAGGUGCCGGAUGUGCCGAAGGAACGUGUGAAUGCAAGAAAGGAAUGGUAGAAAAAGGAGGAAAGUGCAUGACUCCUGCAGAAAAGAAGGUCGUCGUGGCUGCUAAGCGUAAGUGGACACGUUGUUUAGACAGAAGUUCCAUUUAUAUGAAUUCCAGUAUCAACUGGAGUGACGUGCUCCAAACCCGGAUGGAAUUCUCUGAUGGACGAAGAGAAUGAUCGGCCAAAACACUGUUCUCCCAUAGGAAAAGCGUGUCCAAAUGGAUAUGAAUGUCAAAUCAACAACAGACGAACUCAAUAUCUGUGUUGUGCUCCUGAUAUGACUGUUUCCACCGUCGCGAUGCCAUCACUUCCUUCUCCAUCAACGACAACAACUGAGAGAGCAGUCACAACAAGAAAGGCAAAUCUAAAAGGUAACUGGUGACCCGUUAAUAUCCAAGAACAUUAGUCCAUUCCAGUUUGUCCCACUGGCAGAACCCCUUAUCUUCUGAACGGAGCCCCUCAAAAGUGCACAAUCUCCCGCUGCCCGGCAGGUUAUGAGUGUACUUAUCGAAACAAUGGAUAUCAUUGCUGCUCCAUCGCAAACAAACCCGGGCUUACUGUAGCAGGAACCACAGGAUCUGUUGUCUCCAAAUGUAUUCUUUUCCUAUUUUUAUUUUGUUGCAAUCUCAUCUUUCAUUUUCAGCUACUCCAGCACCGGAUCAAGAGAAGUGUCCACGUGGAAACCCUCUGAUCUACCCCUCGACAAGUUCUCCAGUUCUCUGCCAACCGGGAAAGAGAGGAUGUCCUGUUGGCUUCGGAUGUGUGCAGAGUUCCACUUCCAACAACCACAUCUGCUGUCCUUCCCGCCACUCUGAUCGUCCUGGAUACAGCAGCGAAUCGUUCGGACUGGGAACCUACUACAGUCGGGGACCACCAGCUGCCAUCAAUCCUUGCGAAGGAUACUUGGUUCUCGUGACCAGAGUUGUGAACGGAAGAAUCGAGAAGAGAUGCGGUGAGCCUGGAAUUCGUCCGAGCACGAGAUUUCAUAAUUAAUUUUCAGAAAGAAGCUGUCCAUUCCCACAAAUUCCGAUCGGAGGAGUGUGCUACGAACUGAAGAACAAGACGACCUAAUCAGAUCCCUUGUCUCCCCCUCUAUCACUUCGUAAUGUCCACUUCGUGACCACUCCGCAGAAUGUUGAUUAUUACCUGACCCAUAUUUACAGUAUCCCGCACCUUGUUUGCCCUCAUUUUGACACGUUGAAGGAAUCGGAGGCCUUCCCUGACGAACCCGCACAUUUUGACAUCCGCGAGCACACGCGCGUACGCACACAAGAAGUACCAGCAGUAGCGUUCAUUCGAUUAGUUCCUCCUUAUUCGCCCUCUAUGAUUCCAGCCAUCGCCCAUCACUAGUGCCCCUCAUUCUCUCCCAAUUUCCCCUCUAUUCCGUUAUGGCCGUUCACGGCCUUUUGCUCUUUCUAUUAUUGUUGCUCACUCCGUGCGCAGGUUUGUUCCCAUUUUCCCUUUGUUCUCACGCCACGUGGCAGUUAGUCAUAUGGUUGUUCGUAGGUACUAUGUAACCAAUAAUAAACUGUACAUGAUCGCCUUCUCCGUUUUAUUCUUAUGCUCUUUCUCUUCAGCUCAAAUUGACGGUCUCCGUGAUAAACGACAGACUGGAAGUGGCCGUGUCGGAGAUGCGUGCGCAUUCAACACAGACUGCUUGGCUGUGAGUACUCUAAAUGCUGUCCUUUUGUUUCUAAUUUCUUUUUUUUUAGGGAAUGUUUUGUAACGGAGGACUCUGUUCCUGCCUGACGACGUACAUUGCUGCAGAAGGAUAUUGUUAUCAGAAGAUAGACCCCGGCCAGCCCGGAUGUGUCUACAAUGAGCAAUGUGCUUCUGUCUGGCCAGAUGCGUUCUGUGACACUUCCGCCGGAGUCGGAACUUGCCGUUGUGGAGAGAAUAAAGUGGAAAGGGCCACGAGAGACGGACAUGUCUGUCUUGAUGUUCUCGACGCCAACCACAACACUCUAGCCAUCACUUGUCCUCUUCCUGAAGGAGCUGGAUACACUUCCGCUCUUUCCGACCCUAAGCAUCCGAGACAGAGCGACGGACCGGGACCUGUCCUCUGCAACACUGAUAGUACUUCUACAAGCCAACCGGAUGAGCAUGUGAGUGUCAUAGACGUUUCAUUUGGAAUCUAACCCGUUCUCAAUUAGACUGGAGACGGAAACGCAGCCUGUCUAUUUCCGUCGAACGGUCAGUUCAUUGCCGAUCAGUACGACUGCGUUGAGUUCGUGUCCAGUCUCGAUCUGACUUCUUCUGGCUACAGUGACAAAGCGAACGGCAUCUGUUGUCCUAAUCGUGCUUUCACUUGUGUUCAACCUACUGCAACUGGCCCCAAUCCGACGGAACCUCGUUGGUGGUACAAUUCGAUCACUGGAAUGUGUCAGCAAUUUCUGUGGGAUCCCACUGCCGCCGGACCGGGAGAACAUUCUCCAAACAACUUUAGAACCGUUGAACAUUGCGAAAGUUUCUGCAGAGAUAGUGAGUGAUCUUUCCCAUCUCGAUUCCAAUCCAAUUCUUUGCAGCAUGUUCCCGUGGAGCUCCUGAGUACGUUCAUCGUUCGUCGUUCCUCGAGCAGACUCCAGUGACCGGUUGCUCUCAAACAAGUGCAUGCUCGCAUAACUUCGAAUGCAAAUCCGUCGGAAGCACGCAAUGGUGUUGUCCGUCCGUGGCGUCUGUCUGCGGUCCCAUCGGAGGACGUCCUUUGGAUCCGUCAGUUAACACGCGAGGAACGGUUUAUCACACGGGGGCCGAAAAACAGGGAACUGCCACGUCAACACGAUUCUAUUAUGACCCACAAUCUGGAAAGUGCAGUCCGUUCACUUAUCUCGGAGCCGGCGGCAACUAUAACAACUUCCUCUCUCGAAUUGAUUGCGAACUUUAUUGUGCAAGACGCGAGUGAUCUCUAAUUUCAUACAAAGUUUAAAAUGUGAUAUUUCAGUGCAAUGCGAUCGAGGAAAUCCUCUCCGAAUUGGCGACGUCACUCAGUCGUGUGCUUCCAACAACGACUGCCCGUCUUCUCACGAAUGCAAGAUGGAUCAAGCUGUUUGCUGUCCGAGAAUGCGUAAGCGUCGCCCUGCUAUUCUUCCCAUCUCGUAUCUUUUGCAGAGACAAUCUGUACUCAACCCCUUAGAGUGGGUAACUGUGAUCGUUCCGUCAGAAGGUAUUGGUACUCGGCGGCCACAAGAGAAUGCCAGUCGUUCGAAUACACAGGAUGCCAAGGAAACGACAACAACUUCGAGACCCUGGUCGAUUGCCAAACAUUCUGCAGAAAUGCUGCUCGUGAGUCCUUUUCUGACCUCCUUCAAGUAUGUCGCAUUUUCAGCGGAACCUCGUUGCCCACAAGGCCAGGCGUACAAGGAUAACCAGGGAAAGUUUGUCGUUUGCACCACGAACAGGCAAUCCUCAUCCUGCCCAGCUAACUACGAAUGCUACUUCGACGGAAACAUGCACGGCUGCUGUCCAACAAAAGCGUACACUUGUUCCCUCUCUCCCAGCCCUGGAAAGACGUGCGGACCAGGAGUUUCCUUCAAAUAUCACUACAAUCCACAAAGCCAAGAGUGCGAAUCUUUUGAAUAUCUCGGUUGUGAUGGAAACUCGAACACCUUCGCCAGUCGUGCAGAAUGCGAGAACUACUGUGGUGUGGGUGGAUGUGCUAACGGAGGGAGUCCUUUGAGAGACAGCAACGGAGCACUCCAAUCGUGCAGUGAGAGAGACGGCGGAUGUCCUUCCUCUCACGAGUGUCACGGAGUCAGCCUCGGCCCAGAUAUGAUGUCCUACCGAUGCUGUCCCACAAAAAGUAAGCAACGGUUCGGAAAUCCCUUUUACCCGCAAUGAAUUACAGCAUACAUAUGCGGUCUCCCACCCCAACAGGGAUCUUCCCUCUGCUCCGGAGGCCUCACCGUCGUCACCAGAUACUACUUUAACAUCGUCACUCGCAAGUGCUCUCCAUUCGUCUACAAUGGAUGCGACGGCAAUCCGAACAACUUCGCGUCUCUCAAUCAGUGCAACAACUUCUGUAUGGCUUCUGCUUGCAACGCCGGAGACGUCGUGUACCUGAACCCGAACACUGCUCUCCCUAUCUCUUGCAACGAUGAACUGCAGAACAAUUGUCCGAAGAGUUUCCAGUGCAUUUAUGACAGCCUAACUGAUCAGAGCGUUUGCUGCGGCGCUACUGAUAUGGGCGUUUGCCCCGAAAAUGAGAAGGUGGAAUUAGCUUUUCAAGAAAAUGAAUGACAAAUCGGUUUAAGGCUUACAUCAACGCAAUGGAUGGAACAGUUCGAGAAUGUUUGAUCAACGAGCACAACUCCUGCCCGAAAGACUAUCUGUGCAGAUUUAAUGCCAUCAAGAACAGAUACUUCUGUUGCGGAUCUCUCACCAAAUCCAGUAAGUUCAUAAUUAAAUGCUUAGGCUGCAAUAAUUUGUUUCAGAUUACUGCCCAGUUGGACGUGCUCCGUAUAAAGAACAAAAUAGUCUUCAGCCGAUGAGAUGCACAAUGCACGCUGCCACUUCAUCUUGUCCGGACGGCUUCCAGUGUCUCAGUGACCUCAAAGAUGCUCUCCAAGGAUAUUGCUGCUCCGUUUCCGAGAUUUGCCCUCAUCGGGAGGAAUACUUCAUUGAUGAGUCCUCAGGAAUGCCUCGUUCAUGCACAAUCGGACAUUUCGUUACUUGUCCAGCUGGUUACCAAUGCAUGGCUCAGUUUGACGGAUCAAUGGGAUACUGUUGCAAGUAAGUUCUCACUUGAUCAUUUGUCAAACUCAUCAAAUACAUUCAGAGGAACUCCUCUAAUAGUUGCGACUGAUGGAUGUCCUCCCGGGGAGAUAGUCUACAUGGAAAGGAACGAAGUGGUCGCUUGCGAUCCAUUCAAUCCUCAUAAUCAAGGCUGUCCGGCCACUUUCUCCUGUCAGUGGUCAAUCAGAACCCAGAGAUAUCAGUGCUGUGGAAGUGAUCCUUUGCCGACGCCCAUGGAGAGUAAGUUGAUCUUUCCGUUUAUCAGAAAACCUAUUCAUUCAGACGAUGGCUGCCCAACCCGUCAGAUUGCUUACACUGAUCCGGAUACGAAGAAGCCAAAGAUCUGCACAUCGGCUAGCCUUUCGUGUCCAGCCGGGUAUUUCUGUCAGUUCUCGAACCAGAACAAACAGUUCCAAUGCUGUGGAAUGCCAAGCGACUGUCCCAUUCAAAUGGUCGCUUUCAUCGGCAUCACUGGAGAAGCGCAGGCGUGCUCGAUGAACGGAGGAACUGCCUGUCCGGACGGAUUCUCGUGCGUUCGCGGAAAGAGCGGAUUCGAAUUGUGUUGUGCCGGAGGAGAGAGUGAGUUCGGACCACUGCGUUCUGAAUUAAAAUAAUUAGAGAUUUCAGCUUGUGAAGCGUCGCAAGUGCCGGUUAAUGGUGUCUGUAUGAAUAGAGCUGUUAUUGGAGAGCAAUGCGAAGAGACUCCACAAUGCGUGGGCGGCGCUCAUUGCAUCGUCAUGAAGUGCUCAUGUCCCGCAGGAACAAUUGAACAAAAGCAACAAUGCAUAGAGAUGACGGUGGAAAAAGAAUUAAGUUAGUUCAACAAUCAUAUUAUAAUAAAUAACAAAUUUUGAAUUUAAGAAUGUACCGAGAAGCAAGUGAAGAUCGCCGAAGAAUGCUUUCCAUUGGUGACUCUUGGCAGAAGCUGUGUGCAUUCUGCACAGUGCCAGGGAAUGGGACAGUGCAUCGAAGGAGUGUGUGAUUGCGAUGAACAAAGUGUGAGAAAGGGAAGCCGAUGCGAGAAAAAGGCAGCUGGACGGCCCCUCCAGACUGCAACUCCAUUGAAUGUGAACAGAUUGGCCCCCAACUCUCCCCAUGUCAUGAAGCAGAUCCAGCCACCUAUGACGACGACUUCCACGACUGCGGCAACAGCUUCCUGGCAGCCACCGCCUGGACACACUGAGGUAAUCAACGAGGGAAUCUGUCCGGCGCCUCGUCAACCGUACUUGGCCAACGGAAUUGCCCGUCAGUGCAUCAGUGGGCAGCCGUGUCCAGUCGGAUACUCUUGCACUUGGAGUCCGCAGGCGAAGAACUAUUUCUGCUGUGCAGCCAACAAACUCGUGAUGAGAACCCACGGUAUGUUGUUCACGAAACGAAUCUCGGCAGUUCUCUGAUUCCAGUACUCAAGGACGUUUGUGACGGAGGCGAAGCCCUGCUGUUCCCGGCCACGAAAGCACCAGUCAUCUGCACGCGAUUCACAACUUGUCCUCCGGGAUACUAUUGCAGAAGGUCACCGAAAACAAAACAGACACAUUGUUGCAAGAAGAGACAACCAUUGAACAUGCAGAGUUAUAUUAUCCAAGUCAGUCUCUACAUUAAUUCCGCGGUACAACAUUCGUCACCUUUAAGAUCAAAGAAAUAUCUGCAAAGAAGCCGGAAUCUCUUCGAAUGGCAGUUCUGUCCCAUCCGAUCACUUCGGCUGCAGUUCAGAUGGCCGCACAUUACAUGCAUCCUGGGCGGAGACGACCGAAACCUCAGCCUCAUAAACCUGUGAAGAAUGUGAAACCGAUGAAGAGUACGAUGCCGUGCCCUCCGAACCAAGUACUUCUCGAGAUGGAAAUCAACAGGAAGAUCAUCAAACGUUGCCGUGAGUUGGCCACUUUUACAGAAGAACUAUUGGAUAAUCUAGCGUGUCGCUGUUGCAGAAGCCACGUGUCCUGUUUCGAUGAAGUCCGUGAACGGCGUCUGCAAGAUCGAGCGCCGUCCUUCGGUCAGCCAGUGA